AUGAAUCCGAAUCCGACAAUUGUUGACGAUUUCCAGAAUCGAGUGGGCAUCUGGCGGCAAUUCGCCGCUGAUCUCACAACCGUCAUACAGGCCAUUAUCGAAUUUGCAAAAAUGAUUGAUGGUUUCAUGCGACUUGGGCAAGAAGAACAAAUCCAUCUACUGAAAGGUAAAUUGGAUGUUGUGAAGAAGUGGAUAUUUUGUGAAUUACUUUUUACUAUAUCCAUUUCAGGUGGAGUAUUUGAACUGGCGAUUGUUGAACUGUCAUCUCGCUAUUCACCAGAAACUCAAACAUUAUCCAUGGAUAAUAUUGUCCUGCCUCUUCACAAUCUAAACAUCACAGACCAAAUUGAGUGUCUGCACGAUUUGGCAGUUUGCCAGUUGACGUCAUCAGAAGUGGCCCUCUUAUGCGCCGUUCUGCUUCUGGAGCCAGCAUCCACUGAACAGGCCACAUGUGAACGUCUUCGCACCGUUCUGGCGCAAUCGUUGGCUGCCCGUGUCGGCAGUGACGCACAAAGGGUUUGGGAUACCCUGCCGAGGUUAAAGCAGACAGCACAUCUUCAUCUGAUACUGCUCGGUCAGCUGCGAGCACAGUUCCCAGUCGAAACUGAGGCCGGACUGCCAGCUCUUUACAAGGAACUGUUCUCGAUUGAUCCGUAA